UUGUGGCCGGAUGCGCGGAUUGCAACGAUGCACGAGUCUUCUGACCGACAGAAUGUGAUCGAAAAAUACCUCCAAGGGUUACAUCAUCAUGAAGACGGCUACUCCCACGGCUACCUGAAGUCAGACGAUGAGCUUAAGCUUUUUGAGAGGUCCUUGGCUGCCGUCAACGAGAGGUAUGCUGUGCGGACAUCAAGAGACCUGAACAAGUCGUCUAAAUCCAAUGUCGUCUUCUCCAUGAUCCACUCCGGGUGCAGAAUCUCUCUUGACAAUGUGCCGUUUCGAGUUGUCAAGGAAACCAUCAAAGUCUGCAUAUUUGGAACGGAAUACUAUAAGAAGACUCCAGGGGAAAAAAAAGACCCGGGUUCGAGCACCACUGAUUGGCCGAAGGAGGUGUACGAAAAGAAACGAAUGAACCUCCAAGGAACAAAGAAGAAGGGUUGUGCAGCAACAAUGACCUUGAAAUGGAUUGAAUUGUACCCAGAUUUCCAGGUCGACGUGCCCCAGCCAUGCGGCCAGACAAAAGAGGGCCGGCUGAAAGCAGACAAGGCCAAGCAGCUGCAGGAGGCACUUGAUGCGAAGCAGACUGUGACCAAAGAGACGCGACUAUAUAUUAGAAUUGCCGACUGCAGUUCCCAUCGUAACCAUGGUUUCGAGGACAUGGAAGCUUUUAGCCAAAAUAUGGACAGGAACAUUGCUGAGCGCAUUCAAAUGUUGGCAAGGGAAGGAAUUACAUGUGUAUCGGAUGUGAAAAAGUGCCUGUACUAUUACGUGCAUGAUGUACUUUUUGCAAACAAGAAAAAGCCUGAUAGCAGCUGCAGGGCCUUUUUCCCAACACAUCGUGACAUAAGCAACCAGAUCCAAGCUGUUCUUCGGAAAGACCGCUUUAGCACAGUGGAUCAAGAGAAUGCUAGCAUCCUUAUUGAAAAGAUCAGGGGUGAGCAACCCGAAUCUUCCAUUGUUUAUCGUCCGUAUGCAUCACGCAGCUUCGUGGGUAGCAACGACUCGAACAACGUGGAAGAGAGCGUUGCCAGCGAGUGUGAAGACACGUUGCUGUUCUGCUUCCAGACAAAAUUCAUGAGAAACAUGCUUAAGAAGUAUGGAGGCUCAGUAGUUUGCCUGGACGCAACACACAAGACUAGUGACUAUGCCCUACCACUUUUCUUUCUUGUUGUGAAAACACCCGAUACACGCCAGCUGGUGUGUUUAUCAUACAGUUCGAGACGGCCCAAUGUAUCGCUGAGGCUUUAA